AUUGUGUAACAAAACCUUUAAAUCUGCUUGCAGGUCUCCUUUAUCGAGCAGUGAUUCCUUUGAAAAGCAGGAAAGAAGAAAGAAAUUAUUAGCAUUCAAUCUCUGUCUGCAAGAGCCUUCCUUACUGAGAGAAAUCACAGAAUCAUCUUUGGAGUCAUUAUUUUCAUACAUAUACCAUGGAAACUGUGGUUUUCUGUUGGAUCUGUGUUCACAUGUGAAGGACUAUGAGAGUGAAACAGGCAGAAGUGUCCUACCAGCAUUACAGUCAAUAUAUCAUCAGUCAUCUCCUGAAGUCUGGAUCAUAAACCUCUCAGAGAGAAAGAGCUCCAUCCUCCUAGAAGUGCUGAAACUCCAAACAGAGAAGAAACCAGUAGAGCUGAUAGACUGGACACAUGAAGAGAGUGAAGUGAGAGGAUUCCUCCAGUGUCUGCCGUACAUCUCACAACUCAGGUUUAUUAAACCACCAUAUGAAUCAUUUGAACUGUGGGAAAAAAGAAAGAGAUUAUUGAUACUGGAAUUGUGUCUGCAAGCUGCUCUCUGUCAAAAAGAUAUGAAAGAAACAACGGUGAAGAUGCUGCUGUCAUCUGUUCAUUAUGAUCAAUGUGAUUUUCUGCUGGAUCUGUGUUCACAUGUGAAGAACUAUGAGAGUCAAACAGGCAGAAGUGUCCUACCAGCAUUACAGUCAAUAUAUCAUCAGUCAUCUCCUGAAGUCUGGAUCAUAAACCUCUCAGAGAGAAAGAGCUCCAUCCUCCUAGAAGUGCUGAAACUCCAAACAGAGAAGAAACCAGUAGAGCUGAUAGACUGGACACAUGAAGAGAGUGAAGUGAGAGGAUUCCUCCAGUGUCUGCCGUACAUCUCACAACUCAGGUUUAUUAAACCACCAUAUGAAUCAUUUGAACUGUGUGAAAAAAGAAAGAGAUUAUUGAUACUGGAAUUGUGUCUGCAAGCUGCUCUCUGUCAAAAAGAUAUGAAAGAAACAACGGUGAAGAUGCUGCUGUCAUCUGUUCAUUAUGAUCAAUGUGAUUUUCUGCUGGAUCUGUGUUCACAUGUGAAGAACUAUGAGAGUCAAACAGGCAGAAGUGUCCUACCAGCAUUACAGUCAAUAUAUCAUCAGUCAUCUCCUGAAGUCUGGAUCAUAAACCUCUCAGAGAGAAAGAGCUCCAUCCUCCUAGAAGUGCUGAAACUCCAAACAGAGAAGAAACCAGUAGAGCUGAGAGGCUGCUCAGAUGAAGAGAGUGAAGUGAGAGGAUUCCUCCAGUGUCUGCCGUACAUCUCACAACUCAGGUUUAUUAAACCACCAUAUGAAUCAUUUGAACUGUGGGAAAAAAGAAAGAGAUUAUUGAUACUGGAAUUGUGUCUGCAAGCUGCUCUCUGUCAAAAAGAUAUGAAAGAAACAACGGUGAAGAUGCUGCUGUCAUCUGUUCAUUAUGAUCAAUGUGAUUUUCUGCUGGAUCUGUGUUCACAUGUGAAGAACUAUGAGAGUCAAACAGGCAGAAGUGUCCUACCAGCAUUACAGUCAAUAUAUCAUCAGUCAUCUCCUGAAGUCUGGAUCAUAAACCUCUCAGAGAGAAAGAGCUCCAUCCUCCUAGAAGUGCUGAAACUCCAAACAGAGAAGAAACCAGUAGAGCUGAGAGGCUGCUCAGAUGAAGAGAGUGAAGUGAGAGGAUUCCUCCAGUGUCUGCCGUACAUCUCACAACUCAGAUUUUGCGAAGAUACUUUGUAUAAAGAAGAAACCAUAAAGUCGUCAUUCCAGUUUCUGGUGAAUCUGUUCACUGCAGCAUCAGAGAGUGACACAGGAGACAAAUACACUGAACUAUUGACAUCUGUGUGCAACUACACAUCUUUCCCCUGUGAUAGACAUGAUGAGGAUUAUUUUUAUUUUAAAUAUCAAUGUGAUUUUCUGCUGGAUCUGUGUUCACAUGUGAAGGACUAUGAGAGUGAAACAGGCAGAAGUGUCCUACCAGCAUUACAGUCAAUAUAUCAUCAGUCAUCUCCUGAAGUCUGGAUCAUAAACCUCUCAGAGAGAAAGAGCUCCAUCCUCCUAGAAGUGCUGAAACUCCAAACAGAGAAGAAACCAGUAGAGCUGAGAGGCUGCUCAGAUGAAGAGAGUGAAGUGAGAGGAUUCCUCCAGUGUCUGCCGUACAUCUCACAACUCAGAUUUUGCGAAGAUACUUUGUAUAAAGAAGAAACCAUAAAGUCGUCAUUCCAGUUUCUGGUGAAUCUGUUCACUGCAGCAUCAGAGAGUGACACAGGAGACAAAUACACUGAACUAUUGACAUCUGUGUGCAACUACACAUCUUUCCCCUGUGAUAGACAUGAUGAGGAUUAUUUUUAUUUUAAAUAUCAAUGUGAUUUUCUGCUGGAUCUGUGUUCACAUGUGAAGGACUAUGAGAGUGAAACAGGCAGAAGUGUCCUACCAGCAUUACAGUCAAUAUAUCAUCAGUCAUCUCCUGAAGUCUGGAUCAUAAACCUCUCAGAGAGAAAGAGCUCCAUCCUCCUAGAAGUGCUGAAACUCCAAACAGAGAAGAAACCAGUAGAGCUGAUAGACUGGACACAUGAAGAGAGUGAAGUGAGAGGAUUCCUCCAGUGUCUGCCGUACAUCUCUGAAUUAAGGAAUUCUGAGAAAUGUAUUCCAUCAUUGUGUAAAGAGUUUGGGCUCAAAGUAAAGAGAGACGAGGUGACUCCUCUGCUUCAGGCUCUGAUGUUUACAGUCACUCUCAGUGGAAAAUUACCCAGCAGCACCUGCAGAUGCGUGGGGAGAGUACUGAGCCUCUCACCUUCAAAACUAAACCUGACUCUAAAACCACAAGCCAUCUCUCUCAAAGGAGUCCGAUCACUCUUCACACACAUCACACACCUGCAGAAACUCAGUCUUGAAGACAGAAUGGUGAUGAUGAUGGUCAGAGCUCUGAGGUCAUUUAAUGGCUGUUCUCCACUGAUCACAGAUGAGCUUUCAGUGGUCAAUAAAGACUCAAAGCAAACUCACAGUAGGAUUGUGAGCAGCUUAACUUCUCUCUUGAGACGACUGUCUGUCAGAUGUCUGGAUCUUACUGAAUGUAAACUAGAGGCUGUGUCCGUCACUGCUCUGUUGUGUCUUCAGGGACUCCAGACUAUCAGGUUCUCUACAGAGACUCUUCAGCAGCUGGUGUCAGUGGUGUAUGAAGCACAAGAUGAUGAACUGACACGCUGCUUCAUGGAGAAGGUGUCUGAAGAUCUGACCUCCUGCUCACUGACCUGGAAAGAGAUUCAUUACUUUCUGCAAUAUCAAUCUCUACUAUUUAAGUUGGAUUUUAGAAAAAACAAGAUCUUUUGUGAAAACAUCAUAGAACUUGUGCCUUGGUUGGGCAGAAUUGAGCUGAAAAGGUUGAGGCCCAGCUUUUUUCUGUCCAUCAUUGUGGAGAUUUAUGAGAGUCGCUCUCCUCAGUAUGUGUCCGGUCUGUUGAGUUCAGCUGAGAAUUACAUCAACCUGAAGAGUCAAGUGUUGGAUUCAGUUCAGUGUGCAGCUCUGCGCUUCACUCUACAGCACUGCAACUCUGUCAAACUCGAUCUGUUCUGGACCUCCAUACCAGAUGAAGAGCUCAAGAGCUUUCUGCCUCUACUCAUCAGAGUCACACAACUCAGUGUUGACAGACAGCUGUUACUGAAGCUGCUUCAUUGCUGCAGUUCCUCUGAUGAUCAGCAGGAGGCAGCAGAUCUUCUGCUCUCUGCUCUUCACAACAAACUGGAUUUCUCCCGCUGCUCUGCUCUGGAUCUGACAGUCACACAGAAGAAUCAGAACUAUUUGAAGCUGACCAUCAAAGAUUGUAGAAUAAUCUCAUCUGUGAUUCAGACAGCAAAAAGUGUUGUGAAGUUGGUUUUAGAGGACUGUGAGGUCUCUCAUACGGCCAUGAAACAACUUCUGCCAGUUCUGUCUAAAGUCCUUCUGAGCUGUAGUAAAGAUCUACGGCUGCAGGUUCUAGGCUGUCUCAGUAAAGGAACUAAGAGAAGCUCUGUGAGGAGGGCUCAGGCUCUUUCACAGGCUUUAGGAGAAGAGCUGGACCUCAGUCACACUCCGAUGGAUCAGAGAGCUUGUGAACAGCUGGCGGUGUUUCUGGAAUAUUCUGAUGGUCUGACAGAACUGGACCUCAGUCACUGUAAACUCACUGAUCAAUACAUGGAGACACUGUUACCACAUCUACACAAGACUCAGACUCUGGAUCUGAGUAACAACGGUAUUACUGAUGAACUUGCAAACAGAAUCCACAGUGUUGUUUCCACUUACAAUAAUAUUCAGACCGUACGACUCUUUGGAAACAAAAUCAAAGACAGAAAGCAGUUUAUCAAAGACAAGAGAUUUGAAAUAUGGUGAAGACACUGAACUGUAACUCUGUGUCAUCAAGAGGAUGUAAAUGUAACAGAUGUGUUAUCAAUUUAUUAAUUUCACACAAAAUUUCUCCCUUAAUCAAUUAUUGUGUAUUUAUUUCCGUUAUUUGAGCUGUUUUCUAUGCUUAUAUGUACAUUUUUUUAGUGUUUGUUGUAAUUGUUAAAUAUGGUACUUGUCCCCUUUAAGAAUUAAGUUCCGGUUGCUUUUCUUCAGUUCGCGGUAAGCGCAGCUGAGGAAAGCUGAGUUCUGCUCGAGCUCUCUCUACAGAGCUUAAAAUAAGUUCGUUUCUUGUGAUUUAAUAUCUAUUUUUGAGUUAAAAUGCAGUUAAAUCUUAUUGAAAGGUUGUGGAACAUGAAGUAUGUAUUUGUUUCGAGAGUGUUCGUUAAUUAAGGUCUGUGGCUAAAAUUAUCCGUUUUGACUGGCAGGUCAAUGGCGAAACUGAAGAAAAGCCACAGAUUGACUUUCUUUUUCAUUAGUUUUCCUUUUUAUUAAUACAGGUAUGUUUUCUACCCAUGUUUCUGUUUAAUAUUGUCGUUUUGAAUUAAUGUUCUAUGUUGUAUAUUGAGAAAAAUGUUAAACAUUGUUGAUUUAAUCAUAUGCAGUUUAUUUGAAAAUUGUAAUAUGAGUUCAGUUCGCGGUAAGCGCAUCUGAGGAAAGGUCAAUGGCGAAACUGUGAAGAAAAGCCACAGAUUGACUUUCUUUUUCAUUAAUUUUCCUUUUUAUUAAUACAGAAUAAAAAGUGAUCUGAGGAA